AUGCGUGGCGACCAAAAUUAGCAGUCCUAUUUUUGGAAACUAAUCCCCUUUUAGCAAACAAUAAUAGCUCCCCUCCAUAGCUCAUCGACAGGUGGGGCUCCUCUCCUGACCGACGGGUCUCGAUCGCGACGCUGGCUGAUUCUCGCCGCCGGCGGUACGUGUAACGUCUCGGCGUCCGGUCCCACCGCCCUUGGCUAGCUCGUUUGUGAUUCUCACAUGAUCAGGCACCUCUCCUGGUGCUCAAACGAGGACUCCGCUGGCGCCGCCGCACGUGCCGCCGGCGACCGCGUCGUCAUCGUUGGCGGCGGCAUAGCCGGCGCCCUCCUCGCCAAGACCCUCCAAAACCACGCCGAUGUCGUCCUCAUUGACCCGAAGGAGUACUUUGAGAUCCCAUGGGCUAACUUGCGGGCCAAGGUGGACCCGGCAGCGGUGGAGCGGACGGUGAUCCCGCACGCGGACUACCUGACCCACGCCAAGGUGGUCACGGCGGCGGCGACCGGCGUCGAUGACUCCGUCGUGCUGACCUCCGUGGGCCGGGCUGUCGCCUACGACUUCCUCGUCAUCGCCACGGGCCGGACUUGCACCCGGCCCCAAAGGCGGGCCGACCGACUUGAGAUGUUCCAGCAGGACAAGGAACGGAUCGCGGCGGCACAGUCCGUGCUCAUCGUCGGUGGCGGGCCCAUCGGCGUAGAGCUCGCUGCCGAGAUCGUCAUGGAGUAUGGCGCCGAGUCCAAGCGCAUCACCCUCGUCCAUGGCGGCGACCGCUUGCUCAAGGUCAUGGGCUCGCGGGCCUCUGCCAAGGCGCUCGAGUGGCUUCGGUCCAAGAACGUCACGGUGUUGCUCGACCAGACUGUCGAUAUCGGUGGCGUUGUUGACGCGGACCGCCGUGAAUUCACGACGUCCGGCGGAGAGACAAUUGUCGCGGAUUGCCACUUUGUGUGCACGGGCCGGCCCGUGGCGUCCGGGUGGCUACGUGACACGUUCUUGGGCGAGCACGUGGACGCCGAUGGGAGGCUAGCGGUGGACGAGCACUUGAGGGUGGGGAGGACGAGGAACGUGUUCGCCAUUGGCGACAUCACUGAUGUGCCUGAGGCGAAGCAGGGGUACCUGGCACAAAGACACGCCAUGGUGGUGGCGCGGAACCUGAGGUUGCUGCUCAAGGGCGGCGAGGGGGAGCACAAGAGGCUACACCGGUAUAAGCCGUCCAAGGCGGCCAUCCACGUCACGCUGGGCCGCCGGGACGCGGUUUCGGAGCUGCCCUUCAUGACGCUCAUCGGACACAUACCCGGCGCCAUCAAGCCCAGGGACCUCUUCAUCUCGCGGACGCGCAGGAUGAUGGGCCUCAGGUGGAACUAACAGACGGUCGAUCAAUCUGAUCCGACGGUCCCGGUUAAUCGAUGAGCUGAUAGUUCUAGAUUGUCGUUGGGUAUAUGAUAUCUUUGCUGCAUCUAGAAACUUUUCAUCGCAUCAAAGUGAUGCAUAUGUAAACAUUGUAACCAGGACCAGGUGAAGCAAAAUACAUUGAUGGGCUCCCUUGUGAUUUUCGAGAAAUGAAAGCACUGGGACAAGCAUAACUUGUGAAA